AUGGUCCCCGCAAACUCCCUCGAUGAGGCGAGGAGGAAGCGUUCGCAGGCGAUCGAUGCAGACAGACAGGCGCUGAGAGACGCGCGGAAGGAGCUGCGAACUCGGCAGAACUUCCUUACCGCUGCUCUCCACAGCGCUUAUCCCAUCUUCACGGCGGCAGAUGGGGUGACCCGGACGAUCUGCGGGCUGAUGCUUCCAGCCUUGACAUCCUCCAGCAGCGGAGACGAUGAGAUGGUUUCGACUGCUCUCGGGCACGUCUGCCAUGUGGUACUGCUCAUGUCCAAGUACGUCGGCUUGACCCUUCGCUUCCUCCCUGUCCCGAUGUCCUCCAGGAGCGUCAUGCGCGACCUGAGCGUUUCAUCCUCCAGGAACAAUACCAAGGACGGCAACGACUUCCCCCUGUUCCUCAAGGGUCAGGACAGGACGAGAGUGCAAGUAGCUGUGCUGAUGCUGAGCAAGGACGUGGAUCAGCUGCUGGCCGCUCACGGGGUG